AUGGCAGCGAAAAAUCGAGAAAUUGAGGAAGAAAUUAUGCCGUCCGACCACGAAGAAAAUGACUUGCUAGCGGAGGUAGACGACGAACCGAUGAGUGUAGAUCUGAAAGCAGUGCCGAAAGUUCUGACAGAUUUAAGCAAGGCUAUAACAAGCAUGUCUUCAUCCAUGUUAAACAUGGAGCAAUCGAUAAAACGUAUGAAUUCCACACAGGUUGAAACCUCUGACUCAGAGGAGCAACCAGCAAAAAAGCGUAAAAGAAGGAACGAACAGGAGAAUGAAGCCGACAGCGAUGAUAGUGAUGGCGAGAAUUUACUUCGAGAAACAGAACCCCCGGCCGACUCGGCCACAGAGGGUGAAUCAGGCGUUCCAUGUGCUCGACUCGAGCAUGACGCUCUGUUAAGCGAAAUUUCGCAAGAUUUUGACAAAGAAGAGGACGUAGGUCCGAAAAUAAAUCAGCAACUUGCUGAUAUUGUCAAUACUCGUUGGUCAACGAAGCUUAACGAAGCGAAAAUAAAAGAAAAAAUGGAAAAGUAUCCCCGACCAGCCAACUGUGAAAAGCUUAUCGCUCCACGUGUAAACGCUGAGAUUUGGGACAAGCUCGACCAAAAGGCAAAGCACCAUGACCUUCGCGCUUCAGCAAUACAAAAAUCUAUAGCAAAAGUUGGAUCGAUUCUGGCAGUGUCAACAGAUAAGCUUGUGCAGAUGAGGCAUAAAAGCUUCCCGAAAGUUGAAACGCUGGUGAAAAUGAAUACCGAUGUUUUGGCAUUGUAG